CUCGUUCAAAGUUUACGGUGAAGUAUUCCAAUCAAGAGACCACAUGUUCUAUCUUCCCUCUUAAUUGCCAAGGGAAAAAAAAAAAAUCUUUCCUUUUGAUCUUCUUUUACUACAUCUUCUUGCCAAAUGGCAUUGUGUUAUCCCACCCUUAUUUUCACAUCUGGAAAUUGGAAUGCCAGCGAUGAGUUGGGACGACCCGGAGCUCUAAACAGCUCAGAAGGUCAACUUCACGUCCAGUUCCAACACCACCAAUCAGAAGGCUUUAUCAGUUCCGAACCUGUUGAAGCUUUUAUGGGUAAAGGAGGUGGGUGUGUGCCAAGCAAGCAGAGGGCUCCCGCAGGUGUUGCCGAUCAAGAUCCUACAGAUCCAGAAAGGAACACUCAUGUUUCUGGCCAAAACCAAACCUCAAGUACUAAUAAUACAACCACCCCAGUUCAAGAUGGGGUCCUGCAAUCGGCCAAGAAGCUCAGGAUUUUCCUUGUGUUUUACUCGAUGUACGGCCAUGUGGAGCUCAUGGCAAAGACAAUAAAGAAAGGGGUGGAUUCCGUUGAGGGAAUUGAAGGGGUUCUUUAUAGGGUCCCGGAGACACUGCCCCCGGACGUAUUGGCGCAGAUGAGGGUACCUCAGAAGGACAACGAGGUGCCCGUGAUAUCUGCGGAGGGUCUGGUGGAGGCUGAUGGAUUGCUUUUCGGUUUUCCAACGAGGUAUGGGAGCAUGGCCGCACAGAUGAAGGCAUUUUUUGAUUCAAUGUGGGGGCUGUGGGAGCAGCAGACGCUGGCUGGCGUGCCUGCCGGCUUUUUCGUGAGCACCGGCACACAGGGCGGCGGCCAGGAGACCACUGCUUGGACAGCAGUCACUCAGUUAGCCCACCAUGGGAUGCUUUAUGUUCCUAUUGGGUACACUUUUGGCGCUGGUAUGUUCAAAAUGGACUCCAUCAGAGGUGGCUCUCCAUACGGUGCAGGAGUGUUUUCUGGUGAUGGCACUAGGGAACCAAAUGAAACUGAGCUUGCACUUGCAGAGCAUCAGGGCAGGUAUAUGGCUACUAUAGUCAAAAGAUUUGCCCGAUCUUCUUAGUCCGUACCUGGCUAAAUCUCAACUAGCUUUGCUUGACCAACAUUCAUGUCCAACUCCAUUUUCUGUGCUUAUAGGAAAUUUGACUUAUUUUUUUUUAUGGUCUUCAGAUACUAUGUGUUGAUAGAUCCAGAUAGCUAAGGAACAUUUGAUUUUUUAGCCUGAAUACUUUGAGCUUCUCACUUAGUGGAUUUUACUUCAUUGUUUGCUCAUACAGUUGUAUUUUUGUAUAUGGUGUGAAAAAUCGAAUCAAUUCUUAUCAUAAAUAAUAUAAUGGUUUGUGUUCUUCUUUA